GCAUCACAUCACUCUUUGUAUGAGCAAACUGCCACAACCAUUCCUCACCUCACCAUCCCCAAACAACCAUGCUUCUCUCACCCUUCCUCACCCUCACUUUCCUUCUUUUCUUCUCUUCUUCUCUCCCUUCCAUCUUUUCAACGCCGACAUGUUCCAACCUAGUGCCGUUCAGAAAUCGCACCGACAUAAUCUCCAUAACCGACUUCGGAGGCGUUGGCGACGGCCGCACUCUGAACACGAAAGCCUUCCGCGAGGCUGUGUACCGCAUUGAGCACCUGAGAAGGCCCGGCGGCACGGUGCUGGUCGUGCCUCGAGGUGUGUACUUGACGGAGAGCUUCAACCUCACUAGCCACAUGACGCUUUUUCUCGCCGCCGGUGCCGUUAUCAAAGCCACACAGGAGACGGGGCGUUGGCCUUUAAUUGCACCCUUACCAUCUUAUGGAAGAGGGAGGGAGCUCCCUGGAGCAAGGUAUAUCAGUUUUCUCCAUGGAGAUGGACUUACUGAUGUGGUGAUCACAGGUGAGAAUGGGACAAUUGAUGGGCAAGGAGAUGUGUGGUGGAACAUGUGGAGGAAGAGAACACUUAAAUAUACAAGACCAAACCUUGUUGAAUUUGUAAAUUCUCAAGAUAUUCUUAUCUCAAAUGUGAUUUUCAAGAAUUCUCCCUUCUGGAAUAUACAUCCAGUUUAUUGCAACAAUGUUGUGGUUCGAUAUGUCACAAUCUUGGCUCCUCCUGACUCUCCUAACACUGAUGGAAUUGAUCCAGAUUCAAGUUCAAAUGUCUGCAUAGAGGACUCAUACAUAUCCACAGGAGAUGAUCUUGUGGCAGUGAAGAGUGGAUGGGAUGAGUACGGCAUUGCCUAUGGUCGCCCUAGCUCCGGCAUCACCAUCCGGCGGCUGACCGGAUCGUCGCCAUUCGCCGGCAUUGCAAUUGGCAGUGAAACCUCUGGUGGGGUGGAGAAUGUGCUAGCUGAACGCAUCAACCUCUUCAACAUGGGAGUAGGUAUCCACAUCAAGACCAACAAAGGCAGGGGAGGGUUUAUCAAGAACAUCACAGUGGCUCAUGUGUAUGUUGAGAAUGCAAGGCAAGGAAUUAAGAUCUCAGGUGAGGUAGGAGGGCAUCCAGAUGACAAGUAUAAUCCUAAUGCACUCCCUUUUGUGAAAGGCAUCACAAUAAGGAAUGUUUGGGGAGUGAAGGUUAAGCAAGCAGGUCUGAUAAAUGGACUCAAAAAUUCCCCUUUCACUGAUGUUUGUUUGUCUGUUAUCAACUUCCAUGGUAUGAAAAGAGCUCCUGAUUGGAAGUGUUCUGAUGUGAAUGGAUCUGCUUAUCAGGUAAACCCUUGGCCAUGUUCUCAGCUGAGCAACCAAGAACAUGGGUCAUGUGCCAUUUAGAGAUUUUCAACCCCUUAUAGUUUUGUAAUAAUUGAGUGUUUCUUUCAUUGAUUUCUUUUACCUAAUGAUCCUGUUGAAUCAUCAUGUUUCCAACUAACUGUAUGAUACAUCACAUGAAAGAAUAAUCCCUACCUAGUUUACUAUUGAUAAUAUUUACCCAAAUUCCAUUAUGAGAAUUUGACUUCUGGGUAUC